AACACAUGAAGCUGGGGGUGUAAAAAGCAGAAGCAAAGCUCGCUCUGGCUGACCGCAGCUCCUCAAACAAACAUGAGCCGCUGAGAAUUGACUUCCGUCAGUUGUGCAGUGGAUUCUUCACUUGUUGACCUGAGCUCAGUGGAGUAUGAACUUCCUGAAGAUGAAGGGUUUCUUCAUGGUUAUUCUCAUGUGUGCUCUUGUUCAAGCAGGUUUAAAGGAAACGUGUCCACACGGAGACUACUGUGUCACUUUAGAUGAUGGAGUCAUAACUGCAGAGAGUGGACUCUGUGUGGAGAUUCCAUGCUCCUUCAAGACUCCUCAGAGCUUCACUCCUCAACACAUGCUUUGGUUCAGAUGUGAACAAAGGCAUGAAUGGUGCGACUCUUCAUCAGACCUGAUCUACUCCAGUGACAGCAGCUCAGCCAUCAGGGAAGGAUUUGAAGGACGAGUGUCACUGUUGGAGUCUGAUGUGAGUCAGAGGAACUGCAGCAUCAUCAUCAACGACCUCUCACCGUCAGAUUCUGGAUGGUACCAGCUCAGACUGACCAGCAAAGACAGAAGUCAUACAUAUUGGACGAAACAAGGAAUAUCUGUCAGAGGUCUGAGGCAAAAGCCCAUCCUGGAUGUCCCUCAACUGAAAGAGGGUCAGCUGACAGCACUGACCUGCACUGCUCCUGGACUCUGCUCCGGAUCUGAGCCCACUAUUAGCUGGAAGUGGGAAGGCAAAGGGAAGAGUCCACACCUGGUUGGAGGAAACAUCACACUUCAGAAGAGUGUUUCUCUUGGUGCUGUGAGGAGACAGUACAGCUCCACUCUGAUAUUCAGCGCUUCUUCUGAGCACCACAGCAGCAGCAUCACCUGCACUGUUGUCUUCAAACACGGUGGGAGCACAGAGGCGAAACAGACUCUGGAAGUGCAGUACCUGAAGAGCGUCACCAUCACUGGACAAACUCUUGUGAGGGAGGGUGAGACUUUGUCUCUGCACUGUGCUGCUGACAGUUUCCCUCCGGUUCUGGUCCAAUGGACGAAAGGGAAGACGUCAGAAGCUCUGGCUCGCAGCACUGGAGAAGCUGCCUUGAUGAUCCCAGCCGUGACUAAAGAGCAUUCUGGGCCGUACAGAUGCACUGCAGAACAAGGAAGUAAACAAGUGAUAAGGAAGAUCGAUCUUAAAGUCAAGUAUGUGAGGACACCCAUCAUUUUGGGGAACACAGAUGUAAAGAAGGGCAGAGCUCUAAAUCUGACUUGUGCUUCUGAAAGUUAUCCUGAAUCUGUCAUCACCAUGAAGAAGGAAGAGAGGAGAGAGAAAACCUUCCCCUGCCAGACCUCUAACGCCAACACUGUGUCAGUUUUGAUCCCAAAUGUGACGACAGAAGAUUCAGGACGUUACAUCUGUGAAGCCAGAUAUGAGAUGGAGACACUGACCACAUCCGUGAAUGUGACCGUGACCUGGUUUGCUGGGAUCUUGAAUGGCUCUAGAUGUGAGCGGGACUCAGCAGCUCUCACUUGUGUCUGUGGCAGUCAGGGCCACCCCUUACCCUCCAUCUCCUGGCUGCUGCUGACCGACCACAGUGACUCUCACAUCCAGACCAACGUAUCAGGAGAUGAAAUCUGGAGCAGCUUCAGUGUGAAAGAUGGCCACAGUGUGAAGACUGUUGUGUGUGUUGUCACUCGUGAGGACGGAGAAACAAAGGAGGAACUUCCUGUUCUGAAGCUGGCGUCUCAUCGUGAGAGUCUGUUCAAGUUUCUAACAGUGGAAGUCCUGGUGGCAUUUCUGGUGGGAGUGUUUUUAUCUGGGAUCAUCUUCUUUGUGCUGCAGCUCAUUUGUUGCAGAAACACAAAGAAGUCAGAGGGAGGACCCCAGGAACCGGAGCCAGCAUGGAAGGAUGUGCAUUACUCUACCAUCGACUUCUAUCACUUGAAAGGAAAAGGUCCCCGCAAGGCACCCGAGACGACAGAGACAGAAUACGCUGAAAUCAAGAGACAAGACGUGACAACAGCUGCUGAAGACUCAGAGAAACACAGUGAAGAACAAGAAGACAAGAAUCAGGUUCUGGUGGAGGAAGAGACUGACCAGGAGAUGGCGCUGUAUUCCAACCUUAGCGAGAUCAGUCCUAGUACCAAGUGAAGUCACUUGUAUUCUUGAUUUUUAGCACCAUAUGACAAUAAUGGACGUAUCAUUUCAGCACAAAAAUGGCUUCUUCAGACGGCAGAGCACCUGCGCCUUUUAAAAUGCUUCCUUGGCUCCUUUUCCUUCCAAAUGAAUGACAGCUGCUUAUUUAUCAUUUUAAAUGCCGGCGUUAGAAGAGCAAAUUUGUCCCUCCAUGUUUUCCAUCAGGAAAGUCAGCACCUGAACCUAUCUUCAUCAUCUUCCCUCAU